CAGAAUUCCACUGCAGUCAGGACGACUGCAUGGCCGUCUCUGGCCAGCUUGGCUCCUGGGCGAGUCUUGGGCAUCACUACCAGUUUGACGGGCCCCCUCACCCUCGAGGGCACGCCAUUCCACCAAAUGCUUCUCCUUGUCCCCAUGGGGUAGCCUGCUCGGCUCUCGGCAGAAAGGAGGUUCGCCUUGAGUUUAUGUUCUCUAGGCAUGCCGAGAUGUCUGGACCUCACCUCUCGCUAGCGGAUAUAAAAUCCGCGCCAUCGCCUGCCUCAUCUCACUGUCGCCGACGUCGAUCCUCAUGGGCUUUCUUGCUCGCUUGCAAGUGGCCAUUCCCUUUGACUGUCUACUAUUUGGCUGCCUACUCUAGCGCCCUGCGCAACCAUCUGUAGUCAUGUCUUCUUUUCUGCAGCGCGUCGUCAAGAACGACGCGAUGCGCGAGGACCCUCCCGAGAUCUACGGCUGGAGAGUCUAUGCGCUGGCCUGCUCGGUGCGAGACAGUUCCCCAAAGAACGUACGUAUGACCGAAUCACUAACACAUCCACAUCCUCGCAGGCAUGCUUCUGCGGGCUUAUUUUCGGCAUCGACACGGGUGUCAUCGGGGGCGUCGUCCGCAUGGACGAGUUCAAGGAGCUUUACCAGCUCACGGGCAGACACGUCAGUGAUCUUGAGAGGGCCAACCUCAGCGCCAACAUCGUGUCCACGUCACAGGCCGGCUGCUUCAUCGGGGCGCUCCUCGCCGCCCAGACUGCCGACCGCUGGGGCCGCCGCCCGGUGCUCAUCUGGGCGGCUGGUGGCAUCAGCAUCAUCGGCGUAAUCCUCCAAGCCACCGCUUCCGGCCACCUCGCUCCCAUGUACAUCGGCCGUUUCGUCAGCGGCUUCGGCACCGGCUUCGCGUCCAUGGUCAACCCGCUCUACAUCGCCGAGAACGCGCCGCGUGCCAUCCGAGGCGGCCUGACGGGCAUCUACCAGCUCUUCAUAGUUUUCGGCAUCUUCAUCGCGUACUGGAUCAACUACGGCUGCCUCCUGCACGUCUCGGGCACGGCGCGCUACAUGAUCCCGCUCGUGAUCCUGGGCGUGCCGCCGGGGCUCAUCAUGGUCUCCAUGUACCUCUGCAACGAGAGCCCACGCCACCUGGCCAAGCAGGACCGCUGGGAGGAGGCCCAGGAGGUGCUGGUGCGCAUCCACGGCCUGCCCAUCGAGCACCCGUACGUGGCCAAGGAGUUUGCCGAGAUCCGGCACGCCAUCGAGUCCGAGAACGCGCUCCUGGACGGCGCCGGGUGGCGCGGCCUGACGAAGGAGAUGUGGACCAUCCCGGCCAACCGCAAGCGGGCGCUCAUCUCCAUCACCCUAAUGUUUUUCCAGCAGAUGACCGGAACCAACGCCAUCAACUACUACGCACCUCGCAUCUUUGCGUCGCUAGGCGUGAUGGGCGCAAAUAAUGAGCUGUUCGCGACAGGCAUCUAUGGACUGGUCAAGCUAAUCGCCGUCGUCAUCUUCCUCAUCUUCGUUGCCGACUCCCUCGGCCGCCGCCGAUCGCUUUUGUGGACCGGCAUCGGCAUGGGCGCGACCAUGCUGUACAUCACCAUCUUCAUCGCCGUCGCCCGCCCCACCGAAAGCAGCGGCCCGCCCGGCGGCGCGGGCUGGGUGGCGCUCAUCUGCGUGUUCCUGUUCGCGUCCAUGUUCCAGUUCGGCUGGGGCCCCGUGUGCUGGAUCUACGUGUCCUUCGCCGCCGCGACGCAGUGGCUCUUCAACUUUGUCGUCAGCCGCGCCGUCCCGCCCAUGCUGGAGGAGCUCGGGCCGGGCGGCUACGGCACCUACGUCUUCUUCUCGACCUGGUGCUUUCUGAUGGUCAUCUUCGUCUGGUUCUUCAUCCCCGAGACCAAGGGCCUGAGCCUCGAGGCCAUGAACGAGCUGUUUGGGUUCGAGGAGGUCCUGGGCCGCGGGAAGGACGCCGAGGCCGAGUCGGUGGACAGGGCCGGUGGUAGUGAAAAGAAGACGGACAGCGACGGAGUGCCUGCUAUAACAGAAAUGGAGGGAUCGAGGCCGGGACAGGGGAAGUAGGUUAGUGGAAGUGGCAGGGCCACAGAAUAUAACUUUUAACGUGGGGUGGAUGGACGACGGAG